CUAUUUUGAAAGUGUUAACAGUUCCAGGCAAAAGGACAGAGAAAAAUUUCCUCUUCUAACACUACAUUCUUCAGCAGGCUUGUGAUCCCACAAAAAACUUGUUGUCAUGGAUGGCAAGACGAAUGUGAAGUCCAUCAUGGCAAAGUUUAGUAACAACCCAGCCGGGGAGGUUGACAGCCGACAAGCCAGAGUAGCAGGACAGCCGUCGUUGGUGGUGAGGACUGCAUUUGAGAAAUUUAACCACCCAGAAAAUGCCUCUGCACCUCCCAGACCCAGCAACAUCCACAAAUCUCCAUCUUUUAAACCACCUUUGGGCACCAAACCUUCUCUUCCUGACACAUCGGACAAGGACCCAAAGCCACCCCAUUUGAAGAGCAAUGCAGUGGCCAGCAAGGUUGCUGCCCUGGCGCAGGCAGCUAACAGGGAAACGAAUGAAAAACCUGCAUUUCCUAGGCCUUUGGGUCCCAAACCUAUGGACGGACUAAAAGCUGAAUCCAAGCCAUUAUUCCCAAAGCCUCCUGACAACAGAUUGCCGGGCUCUACAGCACCAAAAAAUGAACUCAGGCCACCAGGACUACUCAGGUCAAAUUUUAAACCUGAACCUGAAGGAAACGAGACAAAGCCUGUGUCUCAAAUGGCGGCUGGAUUUAAAGAAAAAGUAAUUGCAGCCUCGCAAGAGAAUGACCCCAAACCUCCUUUUGCAAAGCCAGCCCUUGGGAAGAAACCAGGUUUACAUCCUGUCCCCAAUGAAGAGGCUCUCAAAAAAUACCCCUCCUUGAAUCCGACUUCUCCAAGCCCACUAGGCCUCAAACCCAAACCAAACUCAUUUGUAAUGGCCAAGGGUACCGAAGGAAAGAGAGACAAUGGGAUGGAUUCCACAGCCAGCGCUUUCCCUGGUGUAGCCUUGAGACACGUCGCCGACAAGAGCAACCUGUCUCCGGCCCUCCCAAAAUCUUAUGGGCAGCAGAGCAACGAAGAAGCAAGGCCAAGUGUGGCCAAGAAUAUUUUCAAAGUCAGUCAAGAGGAUUCUGGGUCAACUUCUGGAGCACCUAAAUUCACUGGUCUGCCCAGGGCAGCUACGACAGGACCUUGGGAUAGUAACUCUGAAAAAGAAGAGAAGGACAAGAAUUUGCCAAGACGGAAGGCAAUCCCUCCGCCAUUCAAAUUAGGUUCAGCCCCGCAGAAACCCAGCAGACCUCCAGCGGUGAACCUUGAAAAAUUCAGGAAAUACACUGGAGAAAGCUCCAGCAAACCCCAUGUGGCAGGUUUAGCCCCUGCACUUCCACCACCUGUUUCGACCCUGCAAACCACCACCCAGCUGCCUCCACCACCUCCUCCAUCAGCUUCCCAUCCAUCAGCACAAGCUCCAGUUCUUCCCCCAAGAAACAUCAAGCCCAGGGACAAUGAAGAAAGCUAUGAUGAUGUUGAGUUUGGAGGAAAUGGGGAUGCAGAUGAGAGUUUCAACAGUGAAGGGGAGACAUAUGAAGAUAUAAACGAAAUGAGACCUGCAUCUAGAGAUGAUGAAAGGAAAAAGGAGAAGGAAGAAAGGAAGAAAUCGGAGAAAGAACAAAAAGAGAAAGAGAAAAAAGAGCAGGACAUCAGGAAGAAGUUCAAACUAGUGGGCCCCAUUGAAGUCAUUCACCAGGCCCGAGCUUGCACAGACUUCAAAGGAGGGAAGAACGAUCUGACGUUGAAGCAAGGAGAUAAAAUCGAAAUCAUCCGCAUCACUGACAAUCCAGAGGGGAAGUGGCUGGGAAGGUCAAGAGGCUCCUAUGGCUACAUUAAAACAACCAUGGUGGAAAUUGACUAUGAUUCGUUAAAGCGAAAGCCACGACCUUCUGUUAACAUUCAACUGAGGCAGCCAGACAGUGACCAGGAAGUGUAUGACGAUGUCGGGGAACAGGAUAGCGUCAGCAGUGGAAGUCAAAGUACUGCAGGAGGAUUCCCUCCUCCUCCUCCCUCUGAUGACGUUUAUGAUGGGAUCGAGGGCGAUGAUGAUACACAAACAAGGUCUGUGCCACAUGGUGAAGAUAAGAGUGACUCCUGGCCCCGUGGGCUUUUGAAGAAUCUGUUGAAGGGAAAAGAUUUCCCCAAGAGAAGUGUACGAGAGGCAGCAACUAAAAUCAGUGUGACAGAAGAUAAUGGAGGUUCCUCGACUUUGUCGGCAAAGCAAAUGGGGAAGGAUUCUGGAGACAGUGAUGUCUAUGAUGAUGUAGAGCUAACUGACUUCCCUCCCCCACCAAAAGAACUUAGCAUAGCGAAGUCCCUGAGCUUUGUGAGAGCCAAAUCAGAUGACCGUGAUUCACAGAAACUCAAGAAGAUGGAGAAAGAAGAGAAAGAGUUCCGAAAGAAGUUUAAAUAUGAAGGUGAUAUCCGAGUUCUGUAUACUACAACCAUAUCCCGAGCACCAUCUGCUAAGAAGAGAGGCUCAAAAGACUUACAAGUGAAGCCAGGAGAUUCGGUUGAGGUUAUAAAGAAUGUGGAUGAUACUAAAGUCCUGUGUAGGAAUGAAGAGGGGAAAUAUGGUUAUGUCCGGAGAAGCUGCAUAGUGGAUGAUGAUGAAGAAAUAUAUGAUGAUAUCGCUGAUGAUGGCUGCAUAUAUGACAACGAUUAGCUGUGGAUUUCCCCUCAGCCUGAGCUUCCUCUACUCGAAAUCACCAAGUGGUUGAUGCAAGAGUGAAAUGUAUUCCUCACAUUGGUUGUUGUCUGCAUAGGUACAAAGAUUUGGUUAAGCUGUCUCGCCAGUUUCUGGACUGUAAAGCAGGUCUCACAAUGAAGGCAUUGCAAUGUUGAUGGGACAUGUCACUAUUUUCCUCGAUCAGGUUGAGGAAGCAAACCUCCAAACCACUUCCCUCUUCCACCAGUAUGGUGAAUAUUAAAUUAUUCAGGCAACCACCCAGUUCUCAUUUUACAAACUUAUUUUGUUUGUUUCCUCAAAGCAUACACUUCUAAAAUAUUUCACAGAUGAAAUUAGUCACACUUAUGUGUACUUGCUAUACCCUGUUCUCACACCAGAAGCAUCCUGGACCUAUUACAGCUCUUCUCUAACAGUUCUACAUUGUGUUCAUUUGCUCACCAGUACCGUACUUUUCCGUGUAUAAGACAAGGAUUUUUUACUUGAAAGUAAUGUCACUGCAGAUGAUGA